AUGAAUUCAACGGGGACAAACAUCGACGACGUUGAGAUUCUUGAUCUCACCGCCGACACUGAUGACGAGUCAAAUCAACCCUUGUUGCCGCCCAUUCCGGUGACAAAUUCCGACUCUAAUUCCAAUUCCAAUUCCAAUUCACUACCGCGCAGGUACAGGCAAGGGGGCGCAACUUUCACGGCCAAUCCCCAAGGUUGUUUUGAGCGUACGCGCAAGAGGAGGAGGAGCGAUCAUCUCAGAAACGGCCGUAAACAGGCCCGCUUGGAGAGUACGCGAAAAUCAAUACACUACGACGCGGUCUACCAGAACCAGAGGGCUGUUAAGAAGCACAUUAUCGUGCGCAGACCCACAGACCUUUCACAACACGCCAAAUAUUACAUCAUACGAUGUGAAGAACAUGACAUUGGCUUUGAUGACAACCCGCUACAGGACGCUUUGAAACAUUUGCGCGCUAAACACGGCAUCUUAACAGCGAGCCAUGACACCGUCAUAGACCGUCUCGGUAUCGAAGUCGUAGAAUGUGAUGAUCAAAAGCUGGAGCAGAACAACGCCAUCACACGAAAGGCUCUGGAAAACGGGAAUAACGCCUUGGGCAGACACAGUAUUAGAGUCAAGGAUGAUUCAGGUCGGUCAGAAUUACCUCUUCCCAAGAGGAUUUGCCCAGAGUUUCCAACACCAAAACAAAAUCGCAACCAAAGGCCGACGCUCCCCCGUCAGCGACACAGCCAGCAUGAAAACGAGGAUAUCUCACUCAACUUGGUCCCUGGAAACGUCUACAUCAUCUGGUGGUUCGAAACAAAACAGUGGUUCGCUGGCCUUCUUAUGCCUCCCCACAAUCUAGAAUCCGUGGGUAUCCAUAAACCACUUGAAACGCUCGCCAUUUUCAAAACUCUGCCGGCCUGUUACCAGUACGACACUUCAAGCAAAUCACUCUCAUGGGCUGAGGGUUACGAGGAGGGUGGACCAAAAUUCUCAGAACGAUAUUACCCAUUUAUCUUUUUCGAAGGCUUCAAGUUCCCCGAAAAAUGCCAUCAGGCUUGGAUUCAGAUAGACAAGAUCCUACCCUGGGACGAUGAUAAGGCAGCCUAUAUCGUACAAAAAGACCAGGCUAUCAGAUUCGUGAGAAAACAGAGGGAGCAAAGGAAGCUAGGCAGACGAAGAACAGAGGCCGAGUCUGAGAAACAGGAUUCUAUGGAUGGCGCAUGCAGGGAUUCUGACCGCGACGAAAAUUCCGACGUGUACGAAUUUGGGCCUUCUUCACCCUCGGCCGAGCCUUCCACCGACGAACAAGCAGUACCAGAGACCAAUAUUGCUACACCUGAUACUAUUAACGAGCCGGAAGUCGCAGCAGAUCUCAAGCAAAUUUCAAAGAGAACCGCAGUUCAUCCAGCACGGAACACUGAGCCACUGGAGCAAUCAGAUGAGAGCGACCUCGAGAUGAUAGAUGCUCAUGAUGAUAUGGAAGACUCUCCAGCGCCUGAGUCUUCAGGAACCACGGCACCGCUGCCAGAAUUUUCUGCGCAACAGGAAAGGGCACGAAAGGGUCAAAACGUCGAUCCGGAGCAGAUUACACAAACACCAGACUCCCCAAUCCAAUUUGACGAUGAAAUGGAUCUGGGCUCGAUUGGAGAUAUGGCCGAACCUGAGCAAGAGAAGGAUGAUACUCUAGAGGGGUCGCAGGUGAUAACGACAGCAGGGGAAGUGUUGCACACUGAAGAAGAUAAGGCACAAAAGGACACUCUUAUGACGGAGCCGCGUAGUGAUCACUCAACGACAAAGGAGCCCAGUGGGACAAUCGUGGAGGUCCGCGACGACUUGACCGAGGAGAUGCCACCUGCUGAUACAACUGGAACUGACAUACAGUCAAUCACUGAGUCAGAGGACGACGCGGCCUCGCAGCAACCAAAACUAGCGACCCAAUCCGAUGUGAGCUAUUGGACCGAGUCAAAUGAGAAGACACAGUCAACAUCAGCACGACAAGAUGACAGGAAUCGCUGGACGACUGAAGACAUGCGCAGGAUAAUCGACGGAACUUCGUCUGAGAGGGGUACUGUUGAAAGGGCAUCUUCUGAAAUUCAGUCUACGACGGAGACGACUCCGGUACAGCAACUAGCCGUGGUGAAGGGGUCGGCCUCGGCUCAGCUGCCGAUACCAGAUAUUGACCUGGACAGUUUAUUGCAAGAAGGCGAAAGCCUUGAACUACACAUGUCGCAGUCUGAGCGUGCGGCGCAACAACCGGCAUAUUGUCAACCUAGCCCGACCUCGUCUGAUGAUAAUAGUCUUGCACACGAGAUUUUCAAUGUCCUUAUAUCGGAGGAUCUUCAACCAAGUAUUCCCACGAGCCUGCCUCGUAUGAAUCACUCCAAUAACGAUACCUUUCGACCGCGUGUUCCAUUUGCCGGUUUGGGUGGACGAUAUCCAGCGUCUUCUCCUCGCACGAGCGAAGAACAUUCCCAACCGUCGCCAUAUGCUCAAAUGGGUGAACCAGCAUCUGUGCACUCGCGACCUGUGUCCAAGGGUAGUGAUGUGCGACAAUCAUCGUAUGAGACAACGGGUACACCAGCUUCUGCCAUGCGCCGUUUGUCAGCAAUUAGCAACGCAAAGCGGCGUUGUUCUAAUUCUGAGAUGGGUCACAGCGCUCCCGUGCCUGCUACACCAUUGACGGAAGACGACAAUAUCCCACAAGUUACUGAAAGUACCACAGAGGGUUCGAAACACGAGUCUAAUCUGCAAUAUUCCACAGAUGGUAGCAUGGAUGAGAUUACAUCUGCACAACCUCGUUUAUCAUCUCAGGAGCACAAGCAACAAUCACCGGCAACUGAAACAUCGAUACGGCAAAACCCAGUGACGUCUCAUCACGAAACUUGUCCAACGGCAGAGACGGCACCAGUGCAGAUGCCAUUUCGUAGCGCUGCAACUCAUCAAACUCCUUCAGAGAACCCAGGUGAUUGUUUACAGCAAGUGAUCAUGCCGCCAAUAGAGUCACAUGUAGAGGUAUCUCAGUCUACCAUCAUGCCUUUUGGUAUUCAGGCCACGGCUCCCCCACAACAGUCAGCCAACGUCUCUGUACAAGGUCACGGAGCAACUGCAUCUCCGGACAUGCCGCCCAUUGCUGAGUUGGACUCUUCGCAGUCAAUAUCGACAUCUGAUCAAUACGAAAGACCAGCUGAUUCAUCUUCUCAUCAACCGCCCAUCACUGACCGGCAAUCUAAUUCUGUAACGGAGUCCUAUCAUUUAUCACAAUCACCGUCUGCGGCGCAACAGUUAGCAUCUGCGGCGCAACAAUCAGCAAGAGAGGUCUUACGGUUCCUCGAAGCGGCCGAGUCACCUUUUCGACAACCAGGUUACGACGCUCAAUUGCCACCUCCCGGAGGCAAUCUCGGUCCAGACGCCUCUUCACCUCAGCUCGGCCAACAGGGGCAUUCAGCCAUUUUCAAGACUCCUACUGUGGGAAACAGUCAUGCGUUCCAGGAAGCAAUGCCAUCACCGCGACAACCGAAUAUGCAGAGCCCUCAAGUCUCUCAUAGCAAUACUGCUGCGUUGCAAGCCAUACCAUCGCCAAACCCAUCUAAUCCGAGCAUCUCCCGAUCGAGCUCCUUAUCUCAAGGCUAUACAUUACCUCCUCCCAAGCCACUGCCAUCUACUUACGAGUUAGCGGGCGAGGCGCCAAGGGCCGUAUCUAACACUCAAGACUUGGGUGCUCACCCUUCGCCGCAUCAACCCACUAGAGAACUCCCGAGGUCCCACGCCAUGACAUACGGCCAGCCCAGACCAUACACAGCAGCCUCUUCACCACAUACAACUACGAGCUUACCCCCACCAGGUACCCUUGCUCAGGGUCUACCUUCGUUGCAAGUGAACGCUUCACCACGGUUGCAAGUGAUGGAGAUCUCUCCUCCCAACUCGACCGUGCACGAGAGUAGGGCCCCGACUUCCCCUCGUCAGUAUGCAAUGAGAGUAUCACAACCUGGGUCUACUGUUCAUAGGGCACCGGUGAAUACGGCUUCCUCGCCUCGGAUACCUCUUGUGGGAAUAUCCCGGCCGGGGUCCUUCGUUCAAGGACAACCUCUGUCGGCGAGCGCGUCACCUCAGUUGACCGCUAGGGAGGUUUCACAAUCUAGCUCUGGUACUCUUUGGCAACGCACACAACCAUCGAUGUCGUCGCCGCAACAGACUUCAAUUGCCAUGUCCCAGUCGGCGCCUCCUGCACGUGAACAUAUACAUCAGCCACCUUUGCGCCCAUCUCCUCGGUUACCCGCACUUCAACCCGUCUCGACGGCGCCACUAUCUCCUACAGUAGUACCACCUCAUUUUGCAGGAGCAAAUAUCCCUCAUCCGCUUACUGCCCAAGGUCAAACGUCACUUGCCAUCUCUUCGCGUUCCGGACCACCAACGGAGCCUUGUAAACCUGGGUCUCGAGAGCACAACAGUGACCCUUCAAAUGGGCCCUUACCUCCACCACAUCUCCGAAGAGGCAAUUACGUUCCCGCCACAGCAACACAGCAAAGCCAUUCUUCAUCCUCUCAGACACACUUUGAUUACAACACCCAGUCUCACAGACACUCCCAUACCGCUAGCCAGCUAUACUCUUACGGAAAUAGUACCAAACCACCAAACUCGACACCAAGAUCUCAUGCGCCUGCAUACCAAGUUCCAGUCCAGCCACCAAAUCCAGUUCUACACCCUGCCCCCCUUCAUACUUAUCUCCCUCAGCACAUCGCUAAAGCGCUAAUAGAGCGAACUGGAGUAAGGAAGGGCAACGAUCUUCAACCUGGCGACUUCCUUAACUCGAUGAAUAUGUAUCAAUGUCCCUUUUGUCGAGCAGGAAUGCCCGAGCAGGCGGUGUUUGUUCAGCAUCUUCAGAGGCUUUGUCCUUAUGCCCAAAAAUUAGACCAAGCAGGAAAAGAGACGGGAAUCCGCCGUUGA